AUGGCCAACAAGACAGCAUUUCGUGUAGGGAUGUAACCGCAUAUAGGCUGUUUAUUAAAACGGAUCUUUAUAUAAAAGUAUGGGUGGAGAUGCAGAUAAGAAGUCUUAUCGUUAUUUUGAUCUUGUUUAAGUUCGUAAUUAAAUUUGAUGGUUUCGUGCUACACGGCUCUGCUGGUCCUCUAACAGCCCGGCUGGGAGGAGCUGUUCUGCUGCCCUGCUUUGUGGACAGACCCCUGCCUUUGGAGGAGCUGGAGGUGGACUGGAGAAGGACUGAUUCAGACACCAUUGUGCACCUAUUCCAGGAUGGUCAAAGCAGACCUGAAUCACAGGGAGACGCAUACAGGGGCAGAGCCCAUUUUUUCCCUCAGGAAAUCGCCAAAGGCAACUUCUCUCUGCUGCUUGAGGGUGUGAGGACUGCAGAUGCAGGAGAGUACAAGUGUGUGGUUUAUACAGAGCAGGAGAACCAUGAAACACGGGUGGACAUACGGGAAGUAGAGCGGCUGGUGGUGACGGGUGCAGAUGAGCCUGUCUAUGCACAUGCUGGAGAGGAUGUGACUCUCAGCUGCUCUGUGGACACCCAUGUUAAUGUGACAGAGCUUCAGGUGAAAUGGAUAAAGACCGACGAUGACAGUGACAUCAUGCUGCUUCUGUUCGCUGAUGGAGAGAACAGACCAGAGUCACAGGAUGGGAGAUACUCUGGAAGAGCUGAAUUCUUCACAGAGGAAAUUCCCAAAGGAAACUUCUCAAUGAAACUGAGGAAAGUCAGGACUGAAGACAAAGGAGAGUUCAGGUGUGAAGUCCACUCAGAUACUGAUUCUGCCAAUACAACUGCCAGGAUAGCAGCACUGGGUUAUUCAUCCCUGCAUUGGCUGAUUCUGGGGCUGUGCAUCGCUGUCACACCUGUAGUCAUACUUACUGGUGCUUUAUCUGUCAGGUAUUUAAGAAGGGAAGAUAAAAGCAAACGGGCUCUGUUGAGUCACUGCUCACACGUCACAGUUCCACAGAUCAUGGUUUCCGCAGCCUUCAUCCUGUGGGGUGUAACUGAAGGAUCCACAGAGGAAAUUGUUACUUGUUCUGCCAUCAGUCUGCUGUAUAUCUUUGUGCUGUUCAUGAUGGCUCCAUAUUACAGAAUUAUUAAAGCUACAAAGCAAUUAAUUAUACGCAUCACUCUGAGAACUGCAUUUGCCAUCAUUAUGGGAGGUGCACUAACAGGUUCUUUCAUUGAGUUUUCAGCAAAAUAUUCCCCAUCUCCAGCUGAGAAAGCAGCAUUUGGAGGCAUUAUUGGUGGAAUCAUAUUUAUGUUCGUCUUUUAUCUUGUACUCCGAAUCUUCGACAUGGUGGUUUGGACAAUAUAUUCCAAAGAAAAAUAUGAGAAAAUAUUUGCCUACAUAGCAGGAAUAACUGUAGUUACAUUUCUGGUCAUCUUGAUUUCAUCCAUCAUUACUGUCAGUGGUUAUCUGGAAAAAUAUCACUCGGCUGCAGCUUGGAAAGAAAAACUUGGAAUAUUUUUCACUUUAUUAAUUUUUCCAAUAAUUAUGGUUUUAUUCCUAGCUGGUCUUUGUCUGGUUUGGAUAAUAUGCUCCCGAAGAAUAGGAAGACCAGUACAAUACAGAGACAUUCUUGGAAUCAUGGGUGAUUUCCUGCAUAAUCGCAAACUCUUUAACAUGCUGUUCCUUGUUAUUUACUUCCAAUUGUUUGCCUGGAUUAGCAACACAUUUAAAUUAGAAUAUUCCAUUCCGAUUACAGUAGCUGCAUUGGGAAUGUGUGCCUGCAUCUUUGUCAAGGAUUAUUUAUUCUCUCGUGAAGAAAAGCGCUUGGAAGGAUUUUACUAUUUUGCUCAGAAAAUCCUUUUGGGGAUUUUCUUCCUGCUUCACCUAAUAUUAAGUUUCCUGUAUCUAAAUGUGAUUCUAGAAAAUGACAAAGGACGACCUGUAAAGAUCUGCGAGUUUGUGUUUGUCUACAUUCUGACUGUCAUAUUCCUCUUUUUAUUCUGGAAUCGGUUUCAUUUACUUGCCAAACCCCGUAAAUAUGUAUAUUUCUCAGGGACUUUGGGUCUCCCUCUCCUGAAUUCUGCUGCUCUGGCUGUAGCAUUAAAACUCAAAGCAGAUACAGGAAAACAGUCACUGGAUCUACGGCUGAUUGUCCUGAUUUCUGGGUCUGUCUUCAUCUUUAGCUGGUUUGUUAUAGAGAUGUCAGCAUACUGGUUGGAUAAAAAAGAAAAAAUAAAAAACAUGUUCGCCCAUGUUCAGAGAUCCAAAGAUCCUCAGCCAGACCAGGGAUCACAUGACAAUCAGGAAAUGGAUACAUUAUCACCUGCUGAUCUCAAUGAACCAAACAGAAAGGAGGUUUUACUGGGAGAGAAGAACGCAGAAGGCUGAAGGAUCUACAGAGUUUAAUUUUAUUUGCUUUGCCUACAGUUCCAAGUUUGCCAGAUUUGGCUGGAUAAACAGAUUAUGCUGUCAGUCAUGAGAUUAUUGGUGAUAUGAUACAGCUCCUUUUAUCUGAACACUUGAUGGACUUUGCUGGGUAGCAGACAAACAUUUGUAGGACAAGCUGCACAUGCAGCAUUCCUCAGAAUAUCUGCUUAGUACAAAAGCUUAUUUACUUCACUUGAACAGACAUUGCUUAGCAAAACAAUGCAUUACUGGUUAGUCAAGUUACAAGCGGUUUCAGGACAACAUUUCAGAAACAUUCCUGUGUAAAUAUUUGUACAUUAUUUGAUGAUUUUCUGACUUACCUUUGCUUGUUGUUUGCAGUGUUGAAAUGUAUAGUUUACUAAUAAUGAGGGCAGUGUGUGGUUCAGUGAGCUAUGUCUGUAUUUGUGAUCAAAAAGUCACCAGUUUGACAGCCUCGGCACAUCUGCAGGUCCUUGAGCAAGGCCCUUAACCCCCAGCUCCCUGGGUGCUGCUAUGGGUGGCUGCCUUUCAGGGCCAGCUUACUCUCACCUACAGAGAGCAAGAUGGGGGAGGCGUAAAGAGAAUUAUCAGUAAAAUAGUAAAAACAGUAAAAUAUCUAUUAUUAUUCUGAAUAAAUCCUCACUGCUCAGUUUUCAGCUCCAGAAUGUUUAUUGUGACAUGUUGUGUUUAAGCUUGACUACUUGUUUUUACCUUGACUACUAGUGUAAUUACCUCACUGCUAACUACAACUGGGGUUUAGUAUCAACUCUGGGUGCCAUUUUCUUUAAUGAGAAACGCUUUGAAACGUAACGUUUGGAAGCACAGUGCACAGCCUGCUGGCAGAAAUCUGAACUGCAGCUAUAGUAAAAACGAUUGAACAAGAAAACUGCUGCUGGGUCAGGAAGCUCAAACGGACUGUCAAAAAUAUGUAUAAUAAAUUAUUUCAUUUUUGAUUAUUUUUUUAAUUUAUCAUAGGUAGCCUACAUCUGCAAUUGCUUUUUACAAAUCUUUUUAUCAAUUCAAUGAGUAAAAAUCUUAACAUUAUAAAUUUCUCUUGUUUAUGGCGGCAAGUUCAUUCUUGCAAUAAUACCAAUAGUAGAGAAGAGGAUAUUUGCAAGAUAGUAUAAUAUGGAAAAUUCGGCACAUCUGUUUCAGUGGCCGCUAUCCUGGAACACAUUUAGCUACCAGCUCAUUCCACCAGGCUGUGCUAAAUACGCUACUGGGGAUUAUUGCAGCCUGGUGACCUGCACCCCGCCUUCCUCUGACCCGCACCCUGCCUAUCCCUCCAGUCAUAACACGCCAGUAAGGAUCCUCUCUUGUUACAGUACAUUCCGAUGUCUUAUGUUCCAACCACACAUCAUUUAUUUGCACAUAAUUAUUCUCAUCUUUAAAUAUUUAUUUUUAGUCUCCCAUUCUGCUCUCUUUUAAAUCUGUUGCAGUAUAUUUACUUUGUUUGCACUAUGUGUACUGUCUUUGUACCUUAUCUGUUUGGCAUGAAAUGCAUGGUUUUCUGUAUGUGCCAGAAUCCCCCCCCAGGAUCAGUACAAUCAGUCUUAACCUAAAUUGGCUCUCAUGAUGAGAUUCUUUGUGACUUUGUUCCCAUGCUUGUGUAUUCAGUUAAAACAUAAUUGCUAUAUUUACAUACCAUGUCAGGACUGAGUGUGUGUAAAAAUACCUUAUCCAGGUUUAUGUAUGUUCUGCAGGUUAUUGGAAUUAUUCAGUUUUAAUUAUUUAGUAAAAAUAAAACAGGCCAUUGCAAAAAAUGCUGUUUCAGACAACAUUUUUAAAGGCUUUUAUUCAAGAACAUAAUUUAUCCAUGUUUUGGGGCUUCAGUCGAUUCCUCCUUUUGUCUGUUACCUGAACUGAAAUGAUACCUGUU